AUGACCUCGACAUCUACCAAUGAUGACCGACAAGCGGAGCAAAACCCGUCAGUAGUGGGUCCGAUCAGUGAAAGAACAUCUUUAUUACCCAAAACAUCUCAAAAACAUCACAACAUAGCUGGAUUAUCAGCCAUUCGAUUUCGAUUAAUUUGUUUCUCAUUAUGGUGUGGAAGUUUUUUAGUCGCAUUCGAUUCAACUUUAGUAUCAACAUUGUUAUCUGAUAUAGGAUCAGAUUUUAAUGCUUCUACACAAGUAUCAUGGUUGGGUACUUCGUAUCUAUUAUCGGUAUGCUGUUUUACACCUAUAUAUGGACGGUUGAGUGAUUUAAUAGGAAGAAGAAAUGCUCAUUUAACUGGAAUGUUCUUUUUCACAAUUGGGACUUUUUUAUGUGGUUUCGCACCUUCAAUGUGGGCUUUGAUAGCAGCUAGAUUCUUAGCUGGUAUAGGUGGUGGUGGUGUUGGGAGCGUUUCAGCUAUUUUAAUGACUGAUUUAGUGGAUUUAAGACAUAGAGGGAUAUAUCAAGGCUAUGUCAAUAUCCUAUAUGGGCUUGGAGCAGCAUUAGGUGGUCCGAUUGGAGGAUGGAUUUCAGAUCAUUUCGGUUGGAGAAUAGCGUUCAAUAUACAAGUACCACUACUCUUAAUCAACUCGGCACUCAUUUACACGUUCAUAAGAAUAGAACAUCGACCUCCUCCUCUACCUUCGACAACAGCUUCCGGUUCAGCUUCUAUAUCAUCCACGAAUGGUCCGUCCAAUGACACUGAUUUGGCGAAAAAAGUCAAAUCACCCAAUUGGAGAAAACAAUUAGGACGUAUAGACUGGUUAGGAUCCUUAACAUUAGCUUUGGCAGUUGGAUCAUUGUUACUCUCAAUGUCAAUCAAAACAUCAACUACAAAGUCAGAUGGAUCUGAUUACAAAUUUUCCGAUCCGCUCAUUUGGGGAUUAUUCUUAACUUCAACCGUUUUCACUGUGAUAUUCAUCUUAAUAGAAGGAUAUUAUUCAAAUGAACCUAUCCUUCCACUUCAAUUACUUACCAGACAAACUCCAUUAGCAGUCGCUAUAUCAAGUUUCACAAUGGUUCUAGGACAAUAUUCGAUCUUAUAUAACCUGCCAUUAUUCUUCACGGUAGUUCAAUCAAGAUCAUCAUCAUCGUCCGGUGCUCAUCUGUUACCAAAUUCAAUUUUGAUAGGUGUAGGUUCAUUAUUCGCAGGAUGGAGGAUGAGACAUACAGGAAAAUAUUGGUUGUUGGGUGUUACAUGUGCAGGUUUAAUGGUUAUCAGUUCAAUUGGAAUGUUAUACUGGAAAAGAUCAAGUCCAGAUUGGUUAACUUGGAUAGCACAAGCUCCAGGUGGAUUCGGUUACGCAGGUGUUUUAACUCAAUCUUUGGUAGCUUUAAUGACUCAUGUUACGAGAAGAGAUAAAUCAGAAACUGCUGUAGCUACAAGUAUGUCAUACUUGUUCAGAACCGUCGGUCAGGUACUGGGAGUAGCGAUCAGUGCAGCGAUAGUUCAAUAUUCCGUUCAAAAAGAUUUGAUAGAUAGUAUUACUGGACCUGACGCUUUUGAUGUGAUAUAUCAAAUCCGACAUUCAACUUCCUCAAUCCCCACACUACCUGAACAUUAUAGGGAGAUAGCCAUCAGUUCAUAUGAAAAUGGUCUGCAUAAAGUGUUUAUAUUUAAUCUGGUUGUUAGUAUUUUAACUGUAUUAGCUUUAGCGUUGAUCAAGGAAGAAGAGAUGGGCGUUGGUCAGAAAAUUGAUUCGGACGAGGAGGAAGAGUAA